ACAGUACUCCACCGGUCGCUCACCUGUAUGCGCGUGCGCAUCGAACGAACGAAACGCGGGAAACAUCUGACGCGUACAUACGGAUGAUUAAUUAUAUACACUGUAAAACUUAAAGUACAGAUUACACAGUGCCAAUACAUUUGCACAACAUUUCUUUAAAUAAUGAGAAUUGUUUGGUGUUAGUGUUGUGCAGCCGGUGAAUCGCAUGCCCGUUUGAUAGCAUGCUGCGUAGUGGACUAGCCCUUUAAGUGGGUGUAACCAUGGCGAGUUUCGAGGAUCUCGCUUUCGACUGGUCAUCUCUGUGCCAGGAGUGCACUGAAUGCUGGACCGAAUCAGAUUUGCAGCUAGCAGCGGAACUCGGCAAGACCCUCUUAGAAAGGAAUAAGGAGCUGGAAACUGCUCUACGUCAGCAUCAGAAUGUCAUCGAAGAUCAAACACAGGAAAUCGAAUACUUAACGAAACAAACAGUAGCGCUACGCGAGGUGAACGACUCAAGACUGAGAAUCUACGAGCAGUUGGAGGUGAGCAUCCAGGACUUGGAGCGAGCCAACCACCGGCUGGCCGUGGACCAUGCCGCCGAUAAGAAACACAUUAAGACAUUAUGCUCCAACAUCGAAUCGUUGGAAAGCAAAUGCGAAGAACUACAAAAGACUGUUGACGAUUUGAACGCUCAACUGGAAAUUGCCAGGCGAAGAGCGGAAAAGAAACCGGAGGGCGAAAAACCCAAAGAGAAAGAAAAGAAAGUGGAACCCAACAUUAUCAGCCCUAAAAGACCCGACGUGACCAGUACACCACUAAAACAAGUAGCACCCCUCCCAGAACUGACAAAAGAGGAUGAAGACUUACUAAGGCUAAGUGAUGAACUGAGAGAGAGCAAAGUCGCAUUUGCACAAGAACAGAGGCGAGUAACGGAACUGGAAGAACAACUAGCGUCAAUGGUCCAAGAAAACAACAGACUACACGAUCAAUUGAGAAACUGGCAUCAGAGAGAAGAUGAACCGAAAUCAAUGCAUGAAGAGUUGUCCAUCCUUGAAGAAGUCAGACAAGGACAACUUUGCAUCAGGUGCCUGAGAGGCGUGGAACGAGGUGAUGACAUGUCUUCGAUGCUGGAUGGUGACGAUGACGACAGGAGUGCUAUCAGCUCUCUCAUUCUCACACCCUCAGGGCAAGAUAGUCCGAGAGAGGACAUUGUAACUAACAAACUCGUCAAAUUCGACAAUGCCAAGGAGAAACUACUACAGGGUGUAUGGGCUAACAAAGAAGACGGCCACGACAAUCCCUACAGGGAGUUGGUAGAAAAAUAUGAAGCACUUCUCGAAGUACAACUGUCACAAGUGAAAAACAUUAGGAAGAAUAAGCAAACAACUCUGGCCAACCUGCAGACCCAAUCCGGGCCUCUGUCGCUCCAAGACGAGUUGCAGACGUCCGGCGACUACGGCCAUUUCAGCGUCAAAGACACCGACGAGGAAAGCGGUCACGGGGAAGAGGCCCAAAAGGAUACACAACAAAAGAAGACCGAGGCCACAUCCCGGAAGAAGAUACAAACACCAGACUUCUCGGAAGCGGAAACGUCCAGCUCUGGAUUCUCGGACGAGACUAGCAACAAAGCGACACAGACUGAACGCGAGCGGCCCGGCUCAUUCCUCUGCACCAUAGCAGACGGCGAAGACUACCGCUUCAGCAUUUACGACGACGUCAGUCCGAUGGACAGCCGCUUCCGAAACAGACCCGAAUACAGAGAGCUGUUCAAGGAGAUCUUCACGAUACUAAAAAAGGCAGCCGAGAACAAAGACGAGGGCGAACAAUUGCCCCUCCUCGACGAUACGACGGCGGGAAAAGUGCCGCCCGUCACGCCUGCCGCUGAAGAACCGCCGGGCAAUUUCACCGAUGACACCCAAAGCGUUCUGUCGUCUGCGAUGUCUGAACGAUCGAUUCCAGUGUCCGAUGUGACUGUCCCGGAUUCUCCUACUCUAACUGAGAAGGAGAAACCCGCUACGACGUCUGGUAAGAAACAGGAGGUGGUUAACGACAAAGAGAAUAAACCCCAGGUGGAACAAGUCGCCGCACAAGUGGAGAAACCUAAAGAGAAGGAGACGGAGAAGGAAAAGGAGAAAGAGGAGAAAGAGAAAGAGCGCGUAUUGACUCCACUCGUGCGGCAGCCGCUGGAGUAUAUCGCGGCCACUAGAAAGAAGUCCAGACAUCGCAACCGCAAACACAGCCAGGAGCGACAGGGAGCAGACUCUCCAGUAUUCCCGUCGCCGCCAAAAGUGACCUAUCAGAAGACAUCCAGCAAGAAGAGGAGGGACUACAGACCUAUAGAGGUGAGCCCCCUCGUCCGAACCGAAUCCGACUGGAACGGCUCCACGCUACAAUUCUACAACAGGACUAUGAACUCUCCGACACCCAGUUCAAGCGGCCGGACCGGUAAAAUAUACCAAGGCUGGAACCCGGAGACGGAUUCGUGGGAUAUCAAACAGAGCACCGCGUCACAAGAGAUACACAAGUUGAGGAAACUUGAGCUUUCCUACGCUGAAGUGUUGAGGAACGCCGACAAAACUAAACCUAGGCGCAAGAAACAUCAGUAAUUACUUUUUAAAUAUUCGACACCUCGCUCUCCAGCGAGAGACGUGAUCCGAACGCCAUUUGUCUUUGCCGACUGGACAUAAGUACUUUAGUUUAGAAGUAUGUAUUUGUGAUCUGCUAGCGAUACUUUUUAAUUUGUACCUAACUAUAUAAUUCAGAAUAAUUGCCAUAAUAUGAACUGGUAUAGUGUUGUACGUCGUUUAUUGUAUGUAUUCAUUGAAACUAUUCGAAACAUUAAUUAAAAUAUUAUUUAAUUUCCCUCCGAUAUGAACAAGCCUUGUUCCCUCAAACACAAAUUGCAUUUAAUAUUGAAGCAUGUCCCCGCGCUGGCAUCGGUAAUAUUGAGUACUGAAUUAAAAAGCGAUUUGGAUUUUACAACUGAAUAUUAUGAAUUUAUGUUUUAUUCAUUAACUAUUAUGUCAUUGUUUUAGUCACUAUUAUAAUUGUAUAUUAUGUAUUUUCGAUUUUAAUUUGUAAAUAUGUUUUUAAGUUAAUUAUAUUUUUUACAUUGCCAUGGAUAUUUCGGAGUACUCAAAUGUUUUGUAUGGAAUCGUAUGCUAAAAUUAUUUAAUGCAGAGAGAAGGUUGAAGGUAAAAAUAAAUAAAAUUUGCAUUCAUAAAAAAGUAUUUCAUUGUCGGCCGUACAAAAAUGAGAUAAAAAAAAUAUAAUAAAACGCUAUAAAUAUAUUACAAUAAUAUAAUUUAUGGUUACUUUUUACAUAUAUAUUAGUGUGUUGUGUAUAAUUAUGUAUAUUUAAUAAUAUAUUGCGUGUUUGUCUACUUGUUUUGCGCCUCUAGUUCGCGUUCGACGAUCUUGCGAUAUUCAUCGAAACCGCCUUCUAUACUAGUCACUGAGCCGUUACCGCAGAUCCAAAGUUCUUUACACACCAUCCGUAUCAACCUUUCGUCGUGAGACACUAGUAUCACACCACCCUGGAAACAAUAACACAUAACUCAAAUAAAUGAAUAAAUUAUUAUUUGAUUUCUGUGCUAAUUAAAACCUUUUUUUUUUCAAUGAGUAUAAAAUCACAUAAUAGUUAAAAAAAAGGUGAAAGACAGAGUAUUUCAUACUAUUCAGCGGUCUAACCUAAUGAGUGCGUGAAGAUUGUCACAGGAGUUUGUAGUUUAUAACGAUAUUAAUAGAUAUGUAUUUUGAUUGCGUGUGAAAUAUUUCUAAUUCCUAUCGAAUUAAGACUCGAUCACAAAUGAUCUAAAGUAUUUUCUCAAUAUACCGUAUCAUUCUAUGACCGUACAUAGCGUUUCACUUAUGAAAACAGACUUUCAGUCUACACAUGAACCAUGCAGUUUAUGUUAUACACUUACUUACAUAUGAAAAUUGUACAGAAAACAUGCCCAAAUUACAUACCGUGUACUUAGUGAUGGCCUUCCCUAAUGCCUCGAUCGUCUCUAUAUCCAAGUGGUUAGUAGGCUCAUCGAGUACCAAGAAAUUCGGAUUUCCCAUACACAUCCGAGCGAAGGCCACACGAGAUUUCUGUCCACCGGAUAAACUCGCUAUAGUUUGUAACGCGAGGUCACCGCUCACACCGAAACUGCCGAGCUGUCUUCUGUACUCUUCUAUCGUCUUACCUGAUAUACAGAAAAAAUGAAAGUUAAAAUG